GUUACGUUUUCAGAACGUAGACAACGCGGUCGCCAAGAGUAUCUCGUCAACGUAAAAACUCAAGCCUACAGUGUAAUGUACUACGAGAAGUACUAACGAUAAUGGGGUUAAUAAUUUUGUCGAGAUCUCGGUAUAUCGGACCGUGUAAUGUGUUGUGUGAAUGUGUUUCCACUGCGUACAUGUAAAUGUCUUACAACGUUUAUUAUCCAAUAUUUUUUGUCAUGAAACAUAAACUCAAAUGAGGCGAUUUAUCUUUGAAGAUGAACGGGCCGGGCUACGAUUACUCCGUGCCUACCUCUACAGCAUUCUACGCUACUAAUAACCGCCCUCCGCAAUACGAUCGUGGCUACGGACAGAUUAGUGUUGGUCCACUUUACAGUCCAUCUUCGCAUCCUCUUUCCAACUACGCCGAUAUUUAUGAAGGCAAUAAUGACACUACACUUCGGGCCGAAGAAAGACAUUGGUACAUAGAAAACCAUAAAAACUUACAGCCCACUUAUAACAUAAACCACGAUACUAUUACCCACGAUGCCAAAAGCAAAAAAGAAGAAGAGAAGAAAACUGAAGUUCCUGUUAGAUCAGAGACGUCUCAGGCGAGACAGAGAAGGAAAGAGGAUCGAUGCUCGUGCGAAUGCUGGCCUAGUACAGAAGUGAAUGUGGCACAAGAAACUAAUGGAAAUGACGGGACUCGGUCGCUUUCUGGAGUCGAUAUUGUCGCCUCAUAUGGCGUUUAUGGGAAUCCUCACGAUGAAGACAAUUCGGGUUUUGCACGAAUUACCGAGAAAAGUACAAUUUACGGACAAGGCAGCGAUGCCCCCGUUCAGGGUGUGAUUGUGAAUCAACAAGGAAAUAGUGCCGUUGUGCGAUCAGGUUCGGCAACGGAACCCACGUGUGGAAAGUGUUGUGUGUGGUCGUCGAACCCCCCAGCAGCUAAUUCCGAAGAUUAUUGUUGGAUGCAUUACUGUCGGCCGGCGUUAAUUAUUUUACUGCUUCUGUUUUUUCUAGUUUUGUUAGGAGUUUCGACAGGGUUCCUACUGACAAACAAUUAUUUACAUUAUCAACCAAGACCCCCGGCUCCGGAAGAUGGCAAGGAGUAUUUGUCCACAUGUCAUCUCGACAAGCAUGCCUGCGACAAUCAACUGAACGUGACUAUCAAAUACCAUGGAAAAUGCGAUCCAUGUUCGGAGCACGAAUGCGCCGAUGGAGGAGUUUGUCAGCUGAAUGAAGUCAGGUCACCGACCUGCCGAUGCGGUCCAUCUUGUGAUUUAAUCGUACGACCGGGCUCAGCUGUGUGUGGCUCCGAUUACAAAGACUACCCCAGUGAAUGCGCGUUACGAAGGGAGUCGUGCCGAACUAGACAACAGCUCACUAUAGCGUACCGUGGAGAAUGCGCUUCAGCACAACACCCGUGCGACUCUGUGAAGUGCGGUCUCCGAGAAUUAUGUACUCUGGAUGCGCGCGGUGUUGCUGUGUGUGGAUGCGGCGUGGAAUGCGAGGCGAUCGUCCGGCCAGUGUGCGGAACCGACGGACGGACGUAUGACAGCCAUUGCCAUCUAGAGCGCGCCGCGUGCCUCGAUAACCGAGAUAUCCGUGUUGCGUACGCGGGACCUUGUGGUGAGUCGAAUUCGCGAAUCAUCUGGCCGAUAUGGGCAAUACAAUGCGAGUCACGUCACUUCUCGCAAUCUGGGUUUGGAAAAUCCGUGCGCUCGUGCGUCGUGUCCGUGGGGCGGCGGUUGUGUUGCGCGUCACGGCGCAGCGCAAUGUGCUUGCCCGGUUUGUGA